UGAUCAACCUGCCUUCUUGCGUGGUGGAGUUUUCCUCAUAUGGUGUCAUGUAGAUUCCCUUUUCACUUCCUAGGGGAUUAAGGAGGUUGCAGCAAAUUAUGGUAAAUUUAUUUUGUUGGUUCAUGUAAUGGAAUUGUGGCACCCAUUAAAUUAAGGUCAAAUUCUGAUUUUGGCCCUUCCAAACGUUUGAGAUAUGACAUUUCCCUUCACAAGUGUUUUAUGUAUUGAAAGACUAAUAUGUUCUAAGCACCUGUGGGAGAUGAUGUGUAUUGUGGUUUGUGCGUCUAAUUUUAUUUAUUUGAAACCUUCCAACUUGUAUAUUCUUAAUUUGUGUUAUUUGGGGAUACCUUUUACAUAUGCUUAAGGGUGUUCCUAACCAGUUAUCAAUGGAAUGGUUGAGUGGUUAAUCAACAGCAACACUAUAAUAAUGGUGUUACCAAAAAUAAGAAAUCAAAUUAUCGAGAUUCUAACACCCCUUUAAAAAAAGGUGUAGGGCUAAUUUAAAAUUUUGGCAUAAUAAAGGGACUGAAAGCAAAAUAAAGUAAGAGCAGGGUUUUUUGUACUUUCAGUUCAUUACUUACAGGGAAAGGCCCAUUAAAAAAAAAAAACACAACUGCUCUGCCCUCUCUUUCAGCUAAUUGCUUAGAUUAAAGCUCAGCUCAUCCAUCUGCCUCUUACAAAUUAGUAGUACAACUCUCAUUUACUCUCAGCUUUUCAACGUCAUGGACGAUCUGGUGUUGCACAAGCUAGCAAUAUCAGGCCCCGCUCUCUCCUCCAUGAUCCAACGCCUCUCAACCUCCCCUAUAGACGUCGACGGUCUCCUCUUCGGCCACGUCACUUUCAUCGCCCCUUCCACUCUCUCCGACGAUUCCGCCCAAUCUUCCUCCGAUUCCCAACUCGUUGCCACCAUGUCCGGCUUCCUCUGCUUCCCUUCUCUUCUCUCCUUCUACGACUCACUCGGCCGGGUCGACUCCUCCCGACUCUCUCCUACUCACCUCAACCACAAACCCCUCAUCGGCUGGUUCUCCUCUCGCCGGAAAACUCCCCUCCGUCCUUCAAUGCGUGAGUUCUCCGUCACUCGUUCUCUUUCCUCCACCCCAAAUCUCUCUCUCCCUAUCCAAAACGCCGAUUUCAAUUCCCUUUUCGCUCCUUCGAUUUUCCUCCUCUUCACCACUCCUCUUCAUGACCAAUGCAUUCAAACCAACCAGUAUCGGGCUUUCCAAUUCCGAUCAUCGAAACCCAGUUUUAAUCCGCUGUCAAUUGAUAUAGUCAACAUUGGGCCUGCGUUUAGAGGACAUUACGGGUCGUUUAGCCCCAACUCUACGCUACCCUCUUUGAACUGCAAUUUAAGGAACUUAACGGCGAUGAAUGAAGAUAGAAACGAGGAGAGUGUAACUGGAACGAAAGAAACAGAAAAGGAUCAAGCUUUGCUGGAUACUUGCGCCGAGGGAAUGCAAGUUGGGAGAUUGAGCCUGUUGAUAGGACCGGGAGCCACUAACUACACGGCUGGAUUAGAGGAUUUAUAUGAGAAAAUGCUUUCCAAAAUCGAAAGCUUGGCUAGGCUCGUUGAAACCAGCUCAGCUAAGGUUCUUGAACAGGAAAACCUGAAUAGGAAGUUAAGGUACAAAGUUGCCAGGUCUACUGGGGUCGAAUGAUUGCUUCUUGUUGGCUUUCUCUUCAUGCAAGGCAGAAAUUUUUGAUGUUGGAGUUGACCAUCAAAAUUAUUUUUGGACUUCGAUGCUUCAUAUGGUUGUGUUUGUUUCUCAACGAUGGAGCAUGAGUUGAUGAAUUGAUCCUACAGUUGCUGCCAAUGUGAACCGAAAAUUUCCAAAGGUGGUCCUUUAAAUCCAAGGGUGGAGUUGAAGAUUGGCUCUACUUUUAUAUACUGUCUAUGGUGUUGUAUACUAUUCUUUCUUCUUCUACCUUUGCUCUAAGGUCUUCUUUUUCUUGUUCUAUUGUUCUUGGUUCUGUACGUUUGGAGACAAUAGUAUGGUUAAUGAUAUAAAACUGAAAUGAGAUUCAUUUCAUUUUGUUAA